AUGUCUAUCCCGAUAUGUCCGCACACCAAACUGCUGAAUAUUCUGAAGUUAUCAGCCAAUGACGAAAAGCAAUUAACAGAAAAUUCAAUUAAAGCAAUUGUUUCAAUUCACAGCGGACCAGGCAUUCACAAUUUUUCUGAUAAAUAUGCAGUUCUUCAUUUAACUUUGGACGAUUCGACUGAAGAAAAUGUUACUAAACACUUUUCUACUGUUAAUUCUUUUGUUCAUGAAUUUCGAUUAAGAAAAGAAAAUGUCCUAAUUCACUGUCUAGUUGGUGUUAGCCGAAGUGUUUGUUUUUGUAUUGCUUAUUUAAUGACUGUUACAAAUUUAAAUUAUUCUAAUGCAAUGAUGUUUAUUAAAAAGAAGCGAUUAUGUGCAAAUCCAAAUUAUGGGUUUAGAAAGCAAUUGGGAAAAUUUGGAGAAAAGGUUUUCUUUUUAAGUUUUUUUUUAAUUUUUUUCUUAAAUGUCAAUCAAAAUUAAUGGUAAUUUUUGAGACUCUAAUUUAAAUUUCCUUUUAAAAAUUUUACCUCCCCCAAUCUUCAGAAAUUAAAAAAGAGUCGUGGGCAGUGCUUGGACGCUCGUACCAAAAUUCUUACUCGUACUUGGUACUUGAUACGAGGUACGAGCAAAAAAUGGGGGUGGUGCGAGUACGAGAAAAUUUAAAGUUUCCAAGCACUGGUCGUGGGAGGAAAUCUUUUAUGUACUUCUAUAAUCUAAUUUAAUUGUUUCUUUGGGUGUCAAAUCUCCUCCCUCCCUAUUACUAGAGAGUGCUAGCAUGGUUAGCUCUUUUUUCUGGAAUUUGAGUCCAAUAUUUUUAAUCUUUGUUUUAUAAAAAUUGGACUCAAUUUCUUCCAGAAAAAGUGUCCAAGUUCCAUACAAAAUAAGUGUCGCUAGCCACAGAUUUUUUAUUUUUUCUAUAAACGUCACGGGUGCAAAAUAGGGUUGUACCCCGAACGUUCGGGGGCGGGUAUGUCGG